AUGAAGCUAUCAAUACAAUUUGCAUUAAUGUUGGCCUUGUCUGUUGUCACCGUACACGCCAGCUCCAAGGAAACCCUUGUUGGGGAGGUUGGAAAUGGACCCAAGAAGUGCGCCAACCAGCAGAAUUUGAAUGAUCUAGACGAGAACGAUUUGCCCAUUCAGGUCACCAGUCAAGACGGAGACGCAGUUACCUUUGAGAUUAGCCAAACCCUUUACAGUGGUACCGUCGAGAAGGUUGCCUUGAACUACAAUCGAGGCUCGACGGAUAUAGUCUGCGAAGUGAACUCGGGUGUUAGUGAGAAAUGGAUCGAGUCAUACACAGCAGUUUGCGUUAAUGGGAAGGCGGAAGUGAAGAUUUACCUCCAUUUCUGUGAGAGUGAUGAUACUCACUGUGACUACUGUGCCGUUCCUGAUGAUAAGGACGACUACUUGGCCCUGUCAGUGGAGCUUGAUUGCGUGCCUAAUUCGAUAGAUCCACCAAUCCCCAGUCCUAUCCCACCUGAAACUGUUACGGACAGAGCUGGGUCUCUUGGAGAUCCUCACUUCCAAGCCUGGAAGGGCGAGCACUUUGAAUUUCAUGGUCAGUGUGAUCUGGUUUUGACCCAGGAUCACGACUUUGCUGACGGUCUUGGAUUGGAUGUCCAAAUCCGUACCAAGCUUGUGCGCUACUGGAGUUACAUCAAGAAAGCUGCCAUUCGCAUUGGCAAUGACAUCCUUGAGAUUGAAGGAAAUGCCGAUCCACAAAAAAACGACGCUCACCAUUGGUUCAACUUGGAAUACAAGGGGGAAGCUACAUCCAUUGGCGGCUUUCCAUUGUCCAUCCACAACGAUAAAGCAAGCAAGAGCUACUUCGAAAUCGAUUUGAGCUCAAAGUACCCUGAUCAAAAGAUCGUUCUGUCUACCUACCGCGAAUUCGUGCGCGUCGACUUUCAUGGAGCCACCGCCGAUGCCUUUGGCGAUACGGUUGGAAUGCUAGGCGACUUCAAGACUGGUGAUCUAUUUGCCCGUGAUGGUGUCACGCGCAUGGAUGACUUUGUGCAACUUGGAAACGAAUGGCAGGUUCUUCCAGCGGACUACAUGCUAUUCCGUGAUGAGUCUGACCCCCAGUUCCCCAAGCGUUGCAUAGAGCCUGAGGAUCCCCAAGGCCAACGUCACAGACGGCUUGGGGAGUCCACCAUUGCCGUGGAAGCGGCUGAAGCUGCCUGUGCUAAGUUGAAGGAUGAGUUGGAUCGCAAGGACUGCGUCUAUGACAUCUUGGCCACUCAAGAUUUGGACAUGGUUGGUGCAUUCUAG